AUGUCUGAAGUCAUCGAAGGUAACGUCAAGAUCGACAGAAUCGCGCCAGGUGACGCCAAGUCUUUCCCAAAGACUGGUGACUUGGUGACCAUCCACUACGUUGGUACGUUGGAAAACGGCCAAAAAUUCGACUCCUCCGUCGAUAGAGGGUCCCCCUUCCAAUGUAACAUCGGCGUUGGUCAGGUGAUCAAGGGCUGGGACGUCGGCAUCCCAAAACUUUCUGUCGGUGAAAAGGCCAGACUUACCAUUCCAGGUCCGUACGCGUACGGCCCUCGUGGUUUCCCUGGCCUAAUCCCUCCCAACGCGACCCUCGUGUUCGACGUCGAACUCUUGAAGAUCAACUAG